GAGGGUUAAAGGCUUUGGGAUCCGCCUGCGGGGCGAGGGAUUGAAGGGCAGUGCGGGCCACCGUUGGCAGGACCAUGGCAACCGGGAGUGGGAAGAAGGUUUGCAUCGUGGGGUCCGGAAACUGGGGCUCAGCCAUCGCCAAGAUCGUAGGCACCAAUGCCGGACAACUGGACCGGUUCGACUCUCGGGUGACCCUGUGGGUGUUUGAGGAGGAGGUGGACGGCCGGAAGCUGACCGAGAUCAUCAACUCCCAACAUGAAAACGUCAAGUAUCUUCCAGGCCACAAGCUGCCCCCCAACGUGGUGGCCGUGGCGGACCUGGUGCAGGCGGCGUCCGGAGCAGAUGUGCUGGUCUUCGUGGUCCCGCACCAGUUCAUCGGCCGCGUCUGCGAGCAGCUCAAGGGACACCUGAAAGCGGAGACCCUCGGCGUGUCCCUCAUCAAGGGCGUGGACGAGGGCCCCCAAGGGCUGAAGCUGAUCUCAGAGGUGAUCCGGGACAGUCUGGGCAUCCCCAUGAGCGUGCUCAUGGGUGCCAACAUCGCCAACGAGGUGGCGGCUGAGAACUUCUGUGAGACCACCAUCGGGUGCAGGGACCCAGCCCAGGGUCAGCUGCUGAAGGAACUCUUUCAGACGCCCAAUUUCCGGGUCACUGUGGUCAAGGAAGUGGACACGGUUGAGAUCUGUGGAGCCCUCAAGAACGUGGUGGCGGUGGGCGCCGGCUUCUGCGACGGGCUGGGCCUGGGCGACAACACGAAGGCGGCAGUGAUCCGGCUGGGCCUCACCGAGAUGAUCGGCUUCGCCAGGCUGUUCUGCGCCGGGCCCGUGACGCCCGACGUCUUCCUGGAGAGCUGCGGCGUGGCCGACCUCAUCACCACCUGCUACGGGGGACGCAACCGCCGCCUGGCCGAGGCCUUCGUGCGCACCGGCAAGUCCCUGGAGCAGCUGGAGGUGGAGAUGUUGAACGGGCAGAAGCUGCAGGGUCCGCAGACGGCCCGGGAACUCCACAGCAUCCUCCGACACCGGUCCGCCGUGGACAAGUUCCCCCUCUUCGUGGCGGUGUACCAGGUUUGCUACGAGGGCCACCCGGUGUCGGAGUUUAUCCGCUGCCUCCAGAACCAUCCACAGCACAUGUGAACCAGGACCGCUCGGCCCGGCCGGGCGAAUCCCUCGCCCCACCAAGGGGACCUCCUUCUCCUCAAUGCAGGCCGCGGCGGACCACCCGGGGCACGUCUCCCUAUAGGCCCGGGACUUUCGUCUCUGCCCCUGCGGGAGCCACAGGAGGACCCCGGAAUAGGGGGCGGGGGGCUCCACAGGCCUGGCACCGGUUGGACCCGUUGUGAACCAAAUACAGAGAUCUGCAGCUC